UGGAUCACAAAACAAGGUCAAGAGAUAUGCUACCGAUCUAAACAAACCGGUUUACUGGGUAUCUAUCAAGAGUCACGGCGUCCUGCGGAGAGAAAAGUAACACUUUCGUGACCGUCAUGCGCUACACAAACUUAAUAUUCAAUAGUAAACGCGAUAUAUAGCAGCACUUUGCUCAACCUUAUCGCAUUUCACCGACAAUUUAGAUUAGGUAGUGUUAGAAUAUGACGUCUUCAAUGUCGCGUUUUUUGAUUUUCUUAGCUUGUUUAGGACUCAGUAUUGCGAUAGAGGUAAUAUUAUCAGAAAGAGUCCCUGUGAACGUUAAAUUCACAGAAGUAGCAAAGGAGAGCGAUACAAAUGAGGAACGUAUAGUAGGAGGUAGGAAUGCGACCUGCGAGGAAUUCCCACACCAAGUCAGCUUUGUUGUUAACAACUCUUAUUUCUGUGGAGGAUUUAUAAUUAGCGAUCAGUACAUCCUGACUGCGGCACAUUGCGCACAAGAGGUCGAUCCUUCAACAGUUGUCAUGAGAAUCGGCAGUACAUGGAGAAAGAACGGUACAAAAGUGACAGUAACAGAAGUUAUACCCUACCCGGAGUACAACAAUCCACCUUACGACAAGGACAUAGCUGUUAUGAAGAUCGCCGAGCCUUUACAGUUUGAUGCCUGCACUCAACCCAUAGCUCUGCCUCCCAAGGGACUAACAGCUAGCUACGGUGAAGUUAUAACAGUUAGUGGAUGGGGACGUACUAAGCAAGGUGUUACCAUGAUACCUGAUAGAUUGAUGGCAGUUAACCUGACUGUAGUAAACCACACGCUCUGCCGCGCGUCUUACCUCCCGCUCUCAAUCACUGAGAACAUGCUGUGCGCAGGAAAUUUCUUUUUAGGGGGACAGAGCACUUGCCAGGGUGAUUCCGGUGGCAUUGGUACAAUCAACAAUGUAGCCCGAGGCAUAGUGUCAUUUGGCCGGGGCUGCGGCCAGCCGCUCGCUCCCAGCGUCUUCACCGACAUCUCCGCGCCUGAUAUGAGGGACUUUAUUACGAAGCACACGGGAUUAUUUACAUUUACCGAGAAAAUGUGGUCUUCAGUCUUUGUAUAUUUGAUAAUGUGUGGAUUCUUGUUUGCAUAUCAAAAUGAAAUAACUGAAAAAAAUUCUAUCGAUAACAUAAGUGAAGGAGAAAGUGAGAGUAUCGGACAAGAAGCUCGGAUAGUCGGCGGUCGGCGCGCGACCUGCGAAGAAUUCCCGCACCAAGUUAACUUUAUUGUUAACAACUCUUUCUUCUGCGGGGGCUUCAUUGUACACGAACGAUUUAUUCUAACAGCAGCACAUUGCGCACAGAAUGUCGAUCCAUCCACUGUCGUACUAAGGACAGGGAGCUCUAACCGAAAGAACGGUUCAAUAGUCCCGAUAGAAGAAGUGAUACCAUAUCCAAAAUAUAAUAAUCCACCACUCGACAAAGAUAUAGCCGUAUUCAAGACGGCUAAACCUAUAGAGUUCAAUUCGUGCACUCAGCCUAUAAAGUUACCAACCAGAGGUUUCUCACCCUUGGCCGGGUCUGAAAUGACUGUCAGUGGUUGGGGACGCACCAGGCAAGGGGCAUCCACGCUACCGGAUAGUCUGAUGGCAGUCAAUUUAACGAUUAUUGACCGCAUGCUAUGUACCAUCGCUUAUGGGACCACGUUCACAAACAACAUGUUCUGUGCGGGAAAUUUUAUAUUAGGCGGGAAAAGCGCUUGUCAGGGUGACUCAGGAGGGGUUGGUGCGGUAGACGGUGUGGCCCGGGGCGUCGUGUCGUACGGGCGCCUUUGCGGCCAACCUCUAGCGCCGACAGUCUUCGCUGACCUAGCCGCACCGAAGCUCCGGGAUUUCAUCACUACUGUAACGGGAUUAUAAUAAUAAACUGGA